CAUGCAAUCGACCUCAUGUCAUAUGGUUAAGAGGAUUGCAAGAUAUUUGAACUCCACAUUAACAAACACAGUUUUUAAAAGAAUGGAACACUGCUACGUUAGAUGUUCUCCAGAUGAAGAAAGAUUGAAAAUUUCGUUUCAAUAUGGCGUUCAAUCUAAACAACUGAAGAUGUUUAAUUUUGAGCGUCGAUUUGACGAAACGGUCGGGGAACUCAUCGAUCGCCUUCAUGCAGGCAUCGAAAAGAAAUGUCUCAAGAAGAAGAAGAAAUCAAAAAGUGAAUCAAAUGAAGAAUCGCUUCUUCCACCUAUUACAAUUUCUUUAGAUGGAAUCAACUUCGGGAAGGAAGCCACCAUCAAAGAUUCAAUGGUCGAUGGUAGCAUUUUAAAAAUUGCGGAUUGUAAACUCUCAAUUAUUGUCAACGCACCGAAAAUAAUAAAAGUUUCCUUACCUGAAUCAACGAUGGCGGAGGUCCCAGUUAUACCAUUGAUAGAUGCAGAAUUCACUGAUUUGAAAGAGACCGAGUUUAUAUGGAGUAGAGUGAAAGGAAGUGAAAUAGCUACGAAUUCCAAUUCACCAACGUUCAGUGAAUGUGAAGAAGUUAGUAGGACAUGUAUUUACACCACAACUGUUGAGGAUAUUGGCUGGAAGCUAAUGCUGAAAUGUAUUCCGAAAAGGGGAGCAAUAUCUGGAGAGGAAGUUUAUACAGUGAUGAAAAGUUCAAUUACCCCAGGACCAGGAAUUUGUCCUUUUCAAGCCAGACAUUUAUUUACGGAACAUAUCACAGAACCAAACUGUGUCCGAGUGAUGUCCUAUAACAUUCUGGCAGACUUUUACGCUGAUACUGACUACACCAGAGAUAUUCUGUACAACUACUGCGCACCAUAUGCUCUCAAGGGUGACUACCGCAGACCUCUCAUCAUGAAGGAGCUUUAUGGCUACAACUGUGAUAUAAUGUGUUUACAAGAAGUGGACAGGAAAGGCUUUAAUUCCUAUUUCUCGUCAGCUCUAGACUUGUUAGGAUAUACAGGCAUUUCACAAUGGAAAGGACCUAAUGCUCCAGAAGGUGAAGCCAUCUUUUUCAGAAGUUCUAAAUUCAGUUUGGUAGCCGAGCAUAGCAUCCUCCUGUCAGAACAGCUGAAGAACAAUCCAGCGUAUACUGACAUUGCUGAGAAGAUUAGUGUAGACAGGGAUGUUACAACAUUGAUGGAAGGUCAUGGAGCUGUACUGCAGGCAGUGGUGUUGAAGAGCACUGAAGACCCAAGUCAGGUAUUAUGUGUCGCUAAUACUCACCUGUAUUUUCGACCAGAUGCUGACGCUGUAAGGCUUUUGCAGUGUGUGCUCUGUAUCAAACAUCUGGAGCAGCUCAAAGCAACAUACAAAGAUCAGGGAGUAGAUUUGGCAAUUAUUUUCUGUGGAGAUUUCAACAGCCGUCCAGUACGUGGAGUUCAUCAGUACGUGACCCAAGGUUUUGUACCCGGUGAUCUCUCAGACUGGAAUAAUCCAGAUAAACCAGAAGACGCUCAUCUGUGCGGUAUGACAUUUUCCCACAGUCAAACACUAAUCAGUGCGUGUGGAUACCCAAAAUACACCAAUUAUGUCGCUAACUUCCACGAGAUGUUAGACUAUAUUUUCAUAGACAGCAAUAAAUUCAGUGUGGAAAAAGUUAUCCCCCCUCCGGACCAUGAAGAGGUGGUUUUACACACAGCUUUACCAAGUGUUGUAUUUCCCUCAGAUCAUAUAGCUCAGAUCUGUGAUAUUAAGUGGAAACAAACUCAAAAUGUUUUGGAGGAAUCACAAUAAUACCUCACUAACUUGUUAACACUCUCAUCUGUUUUAUGUGAUCUUCUGUCAUCUGGGACCUUUUUAUUACAGAUUUUCAACCAGAUUUAAAGAUUGAAUUUGUUUGUUUUAUUGCCAUAUGACCAGCCAGAGUCAUUUUGAGAAAGGGUUUCCUUGUAGUAGUUACUACCUCACAUAACAGCAUCUAUAUGGGAGGCUCACUUUAUACCAUCCACAUCAACUGGAGAAGCGUCUGACAUAGGAGCAUAACCAAGGCAACAACACAGACUAGUUUGCUUCUCAAUUUUCUGGGAAACACAUAUUGCCACUGGAAGGUCUUGGACAUUUUUUUCUAUUUUAUUGUAAUUGAUUGAAAUUGAAUUGAAAUUUGGAUAGUUUUCAAGAUAAAAAAAUAAGUUAAGAUUAGAUUUAUACAAUUUGUGAAAAAAAUAUUAGUUGAACACUGCUGCAAACAUGACAAAAUUAAAACAUUGCACUUUUAAAUUAAAGACUCAUAGA